AUGGCUUACUGUGGACCCUCUUGUGCUGUGCCCACUUGUUACUCCGCCCCAAUUGUUGGCUUCGGAUCAGCUGGUUCCAGAGGUCUUGGGUGUGGAAGUCUCGGCUAUGGGGGUCUCGGUUUUGGAGGUCUUGGCUCUGGAGGUCUUGGCUCUGGUUUAGGUUCUGGCUACGGAGCUGGCGGCUUGGCCGAAUCUGCAAGAAACCUGGGCACCCUGGCCGGAGUCAACCCACAACCCAUCAACCAGGUCCCAGCAUCCGAGGUGCUCAUCCAGCCACCUGCAGUUGUGGUCACCAUCCCUGGUCCCAUCCUCUCCGCCAGCUGUGAGCCUGUCGCCGUUGGAGGCUACAACCCAUGUGCCCUCGGAGGUAUCAGAGGCUUGGGUGCCGGUUAUUACGGAGGCCGCCUGGGACGACUCGGUCGCCGUGGCAGCAUCUGCUCUCUUGGUCGCCGAGGUAGCAUCUGCAACCUCCCCUGUUAA